AUGCCUAUGUGGCCCUGCGACUUUGAGGGUUGCCCAAGGCCGGCCGUUCGCACUUUUGGGGAUUGCAUCCUCUGCAAUCGCCACCUUUGCUCCGUCCAUCUCCAACCUGCAUUUCAUAGCUGUCCCAAAUGGGAGGAGGCAGAUAUCUAUGAUCCAGCAGCUAGAGCGGCAGAAGCACGCGAGCUGACGGAGCUGUUCGGGAAGAUCAAUGUUGCCGCUCUCGCGGCGCGAGCUAGCUCUCUACGCGGUGGGAUACCUUGCUCUAUCCCCCCACUUCAGUAUGACGUAUCCACGCGAAGUUCUGUGAUGGGCGGCAUGAAUUAUCACAUCGAAUUGACCUUUGACGACGGAAUUCAAUGGAUCGCCCGUAUUCGCAGGUCCAACGCCACAUCCCCGCCCGCAGCAUUGCGAGACUACAUCAUCCAGAGCGAGGUCGCAACCCUCAAAUUCCUGGAGCCAGUUGGUCUGCCUUCCCCAAGGGUGUUUGAUUUUGCACUAGAAAAUGCAAACAAUCCUGUCGGGGUUGGUUAUAUCCUCAUGGAGAAGCUUGCCGGCAAGUCCUUGAGAUGGUCUCUCGCAACACAACAACAGAAAAAGACUGUCAUGAAUCAGCUUGCAGAUGUAUUUAUUGAACUGCACAAAUACCCGUUCGAUCUUCUCGGCUCCCUCGACCGCCCAGGUGACGCCCAUAUCGGCGCAUUUGCGCGAGAGUCGCUCACCGCCUUUGCACAGUCCGAAAUGCGUCCCAUCGGUCCGUUGUCCUCCUCAGAGCAGUAUCACGACUCCUCGCUUCAGCUUAUACUGGACCUCAUUCUACGAGGAGAAAUGUAUUCGCAACACGCGGUAGACGCCUAUCUCAUCCACCGCUUCCUCGUCGAUCUGAUCCCGCUAGUAUCGCCAUCGCCAUCCCCAUCGUCACCUUCAAUGCAGAACGGCCGGAAGUACUACCUAAAGCACGCGGAUGAUAAAGGAGACCACAUCUUGGUAGAUGACGAUUUCAACAUCACCGGCAUCAUCGACUGGGAGUGGGCUCAGACUGCACCACCAGCUCAUGCAUUCAACUCUCCAAUCGGUCUGCUGCCAGUCGCAAGCUUCUACGACGGCGUCAAUGAUCUGGGUGACGAUGAAAUCGUUUUUGCGCGUCUGCUCGAAGAGAAGGGCCGUCAGGACCUAGCGGCGUUUGUUUGGAACGGCCGGGUACAGCACAGGUUCUCAUUCUGUUGCGGUUACGAUCUCGCGGACUGGAGAGGAUUCCUUGGCCUUUUCCAGGGUCUUCGAAAUGCUGUGAAAGUGGAUGAAGGCCUAGACUGGGAUGAGUGGAAAGCCGUCGCAUUGCAUCGCUACAAGGAGGAUGUAGGACUGCAGUUGCUAUUGUCCAGACGCGAGGUCACCGCGUCUGGACCAUGA